AUGAAAGCGUUUUCAUCCUUACUAAUCACCUGUGGAAUUGCAGGGAUCCUUCUUCAAAUCAGCUUUGCCAAACCUCAAGCAAGAAUUCUAGAUGGAACCCCUGUGGACACCUUGAGACGAUUUCCUCACUACGUAACCAUCACCAGAGGAAACUCCGAGGACAGCAAAUAUUGUGGAGCAUCAAUUAUAUCUGAUCAGUGGAUCCUGACUGCAUUGCGUUGUGUGGACCAAGGAGAAUUCACCAUUCACUUCCUAAUUAAGAACCUCCACGGAUCUGCAAGGUCAUUCGCAAUUACGCUGGAUGAAUUUUCGGUAGUUCCGUACCCAACAGACUACGAUAAUAUCGCCCUCAUCAAACUACCAAUCACUCUUCAAUUCUCCGAGUACCUUGCACCAAUCCAGUACAGCGGAAUAAAGGGCGAUUACAGUGGAAAGAACAAUGGCUUCGUAGUGAUGCCUGGCUUUUCACCAGGUCAAACCGAUGCGUUGACAUAUGGAAUGUUCAAGUUGACUUCCUCAAACCAGUGUCGAGCAAUAUAUGGAAAUCUGUUUGAUGAGUAUCUGGACAUUUGCACUGUGGGUUGGGGAAACAGUAACCAGAUGCCGUGUGAAGGUAACGAGGGUGGCGGACUUGUUUUUGGAUGGCCCCGAGAACCACGUUUGGUUGGGAUCUUCAGUUCACCCACAAAAUGUGUAUCAGGAAAUCCAGCGAUUUAUGUAAAGUUAUCAGAAUAUGAAUCAUGGAUCAACCAAACUAUUCAAAACUAUAAAGUCGAACCAGUUAAGUACUAA